CUGCAUGCAAGAGGUGGAGCACAUUGUGUUUUUGCUGCUCAAGAAACAACCUGUUUUCACCUUUACUGCAGGGGAUUUACUCCAGCCACCGGGAGGAAUACAGUGCGGGUCUACCAUAAUUUCCAAACAGAGCAGAGCGAGAGAGCAGGAGUGCAGGAGAGGAAACAAGUGAAGGAGGCGGGAGCCGUCUGGGCAGAGGGGAAGGAGACGAGAGGAGGAAGUGGGAGUAGAUAUUUCACUAUGGAGGAAGGACAAAGACCUACAUCUGAGAUCUACCUGCCAAGUAUCAGUCUUGGAUCUGUUGACGCUGAAACAGUGGAGGACCAUGAGCUCCCAAUCAUUUCUUUAUCCAAAAGCUCGACAGAAAUGGUGAGUGGACCUCCUCAGCGAACGGAGCUGACAUGGCACCGUCAGAACUUGCGUAAGAGCCUCAGCAGUGCAACAUGUACUCAAAGGCCAGUCAGUCUGGGUGGACCAUCGACGGGGUUCCCUGUGAACAUUUGUGACCAUGAACAGGGGAGCAUGUGGAGUGGCAACAGCACCCCUGAGACUGUAAUCUGGCAUGGAGGAACUGCGAGGUCCUGGAGCGUCAUGGAAGACUCGCCCAGAAGGACUCCAACGCAAGAUCUACUUCUGGGACAAAAUCAGAUCCAUAGUGGUGUGAAGUGUGUGCCACAUUCACCAUCCACAAAUAGGGAUUUAAGAAUGAAGGGUCUGGUGUGCAGGGAGGGAUGUUGUCAAUGUUGCGGACCUGCUGAGAACCUCACAGGAUGCGGCUGUUGCAGAGUGCCUUGUAGAAUGAAUUCUUCGGGUCUGAGCAACAACUUCACACCACAGGGAGUGAAUGCAGAAGACCAUGCUCAGAGCAACUGUGAAAGCCAUCAUUUAACUGCAUGCCAUAGAUCUACCUGUUCUGGUCACAUGAUGAACACUGCCUGUUUGAGAAAUACCUGCAGUGUUGUUCCAUGCCCUGGACAUUUGAUAUCACGUCCCCCUUGUGCAGGAAGCCCCUGUCCAGGACAAAGAUCACUGCUCCAUUCAGGCUUGCUUGGUUUUCCACCACUCGUGUCCUCGGUCAGCGAGACCAGACUUGACAGCCGGAGUACAGGCCAUUGCUGUGGAUCCGAGUUUAGGGGGCAGAACUCUUCCUGUCUUCGACUAGACAGACCAGGUUUUAACAGGACAGUCAAAGAUGCCACUACCAUGACAUCUGACCACGAGCUCAGAGAUGUUGGUGUGCAAACCGUGUGUGAUUCCCUCGCCUCCCCUCUUUCUCAUGUGUUUCCUGAAAUUAGUUUAAGAGCAGAUCCUAUUUCAGACGCACCUUCUGAGCGCAUGUGUCAUAGGACCCCUGUGAAGGAGGUGGAAUGGGAUGCUGAGGGUAUGACAUGGGAGGUGUAUGGUGCAGCUGUGGAUCCUGAAGAGCUUGGCCUUGCAAUCCAAAGGCACCUGGAACUUCAGAUCAAAGAGACUGCAGCUGCUGCAGCUGCGGCAGCUCAAACGGAAGACGCCACGGACAAUGUCAGCAGCCUGGCACUGCAACCCAGGCGACGGAAGAAGAGCGAAGGCAUUAUAAGAACACUGCGCAGCUCGGCAUGUUGCUCUAACCCUAGUACUGUGGGAGACUGAGGUGAUCAAUGAAGGGCCAGAGCUUGUCUUUUCAGUAUGUGGAUGCCUGAGAUAGGUAUAAGUUACAGUUGUGCUUUCGCACCGGAGGAACCUUCUCAUAAUUCCUAGAACUUCUAAUGGAAGUUCCUGCUUUUUGGCAUGUUUGCACUGCAGGAACUAGGAACGUAUUUAGUUCUAGGAACUCUGUUUGGGAGAACUAAAUUAGUUCCUACUUCAGAGUAGGGUCUAAAAUAGUUCAAUAGGAACUACCAGUGACAAAAUUGUUUGCAGACUGGCCAAAUGCAUAUGAAGCACCAGCUACCUGCCAUUUUUCAAAAUCAGCAUAAAAAUAUGUACUCCACAAACAUGGAAAACAGCAAGAAUAACGGUAUUUAGCUACCUGUUGUCUGCAGCGUUAUGUUCUUGUCUCAGGCUCAAUGAUAUGUAACACUGCAAGUUGUCAUAGGAGAUUUAGUCAGCUUUUCAUGCUCUUUUAAUCAGUUAAUUUAAUCUCCGUUAUCAUGAAACCCACGGCACACAACAAAAACAGCUCCGAUCACAGUUUCCUUCAUUCACCGGUUGUUCACGUUUGUAAAUGCCUGUUGAAAAAAACAGCAUAGGCUGGUUAGCUAUGUUUUGAAGCAUGGCUGCUGGUUUGAGCUGGGUUAAGAUGAUCCUUAGCCAGUCAUGAGCUGGUUUAAGCUGGUCCUUAGCUGGUAAGGACCUGGUUUAAGCUGGUCCUUAGCUGUUCAUGUGCUGGUCCUAAGCAACUAGCUCCUGCUUGGGACCAGCUUAAACCAGCUCAAACCAGCAGCCAUGCUUCAAAACAUACCUAACCAGCAUAUGCUGUUUUUUUCAACAGAGUAAAGAUGUCGCUGUUGGCCGCUUCAGAGUUCCUGAGUUCCAGGAAAACAGCCCGAGGGGGAACUUGGUUCUCUAGGAACCACCAUGCUGGCUAGUUCCUAAACCUGAGUUCUUAGAACUAUGCGGUGCGAAAGCUCCUAUAGUGGAAAUAAUAGUGGAAUGGCCCGUGGCGUAUAUAUUUAUUUAGCUAAGCAAAUUGUACCUUCAAAUAAUAUCUCUAAAUAUUCCAAAGCUUUGUCUGUUUGGUUGAAGCUAUUAAAACUCCACUAUUGGAUCAGUAGAGCAGUGAUGUUUGGAGAUACAUUGCAAGCUAGUGUUGCAUAGAGCUAUCAUUCAAAGUUUACAUAUAAUGGUGUGUUUCUACCUACUUUCACACAUGGCCUUGUUCCUGUCUUGACCUCUAAUGUAUCUUUUAGAUGCCCCUUUUGGCCCAACAUAUCAAAAUGAUGAUUUUGGUAAGCACUGAGUAUUAUAAUUUUUUAAAUGCUGAUUAUAGUCUAAAUGUCUGGUCAAGCAAACAGUAGAUUACUGAAUAUAACCCUGUUGAAAAAAACAGCAUAUGCUGGUUGGGUAUGUUUUGAAACAUGGUAGCUGGUUUUAGCUGGUUUAAGUGGGUUCAAGCUGGACCUUAGUUCAAGGUGCUCCUAAGCAGGAGCUAGUUGCUUAGGACUGAAAAAAUAAACAGCUAAAGCCAGCCUAAGAUGGUUGGCUGGUCUUAGCUGGUUAAGGCUGGAAGUAGCUGGUUUUAGCUGGUCUCCCAGCCUGGCUAGGCUGGUCAGGCUGGUUUUAACUGGUUGUUCCAGCUGGUCUCCCUGAUCAGCUAAGGAAGUGACUAAAACCCCUCUAAAACCAGCCUGCUGACCUGCUAAGACUAGGCUGGAUUACCAGCUAAAACCAGCUCAUGACCAACUAAUGACCAUCUUAAACCAGCUCAAACUAGCUGCCAUGCUUCAAAACAUACCUAACCAGCAUAUGCUGUUUUUUUUCAGCAGGAAAGCUAGAGGUACAUUAAAAUUAGUGGAACUCUUAGAGCAAGAUCUGAAGGCUAGUUCUAGUUAGUCAUGAUGGAUUUAGAUUUCUUUGUUUUUUUUUGUUUCCCUUUGUAGUCAGUGAUAAUCCACCAGUACUAAAUGACAGAAAUUUCAUCUUAUUUGUUUGUCAGUUGUUGAUUUUUUUUUUACCAGAUUCUGUAACUACAGACAAAUAAUUUACAAAACACUGUCAACUUACAAACAUCUAUGUUGUUACUGAAUUCACUGAUCUUGAUGCAAAUGGUGAUUGGUCCAGUGAGUGUUUUGCCCGGUGGAUUAGAGUGGGCUCAAGGCCAAAAUCAAUCCACAGAGCUAAAAAUAUGAAUGCUCAUGAGGUCUGUGGGUGUGUAAAGCUAGGUUCUUAUCAGACCUACUGAUGAUUAGCAAAUAUAGACUCAAGGUCAAUGUUCCUGCACUUAUACAGCACAUUAUGAGCUAAAACUAAGCCCCAGUCCUGCUUCUAUGCUCAGGGACGAUCUUUAUCAAUUCGAAAUAAAAAAAAAACAUGUACACUUUGAUUUUGGUGCCAAAAUCUGACUGAAAAACAUCUUUUCAUAAUCACAAUUCAGUAAAGAAAAAUAUUUUGUGGUUGCAUCCUAGUCAGAAAGUGCAAGGAUAAAGAUAAUUGUGGCCAUUUUCACAUCAUUUUACAUAUUCAUAUAUCUUUUUUUGUUAUGUAAUAUUAUUAAUGUUUAUAGUUUAUUAUAUUGUUAAAAUAUUAAAGUUAAAAUUGUUCAAAUCACAUUCAGUGUAACAGUUUGACUAUUUUUAUGUAUAUCAUGAUCACGUGCUAUUUCACAACUAUAUCUUAUACAGAAUCAAGUCAUGAUUUUGUGAAAGUUAGGGAUUGUAUUUAAAGCAAUCUCUGUCAAUAAUGUUUAGGUUAUAUUAAUUUAAAUAGCAUGACACGUAUAGUUGGUAAAUAAAUGUGUAUCAAGGAUCUCUAACCAAAUCAACAGUAUGUGCUGCACACUGCUUUUGUUUUUCUUUGCCAAAGCAAUCUGAUUUCUUUUUUUGGACCAGAGCAUUGUGAUUUAACAUAAUAUAGAUAUUACUGGAUCAACACCUUACAGUAUGACGAAAACAAGCUUUAUAUAGGCUUUCCACAGCAAAAACUACACUGAUGUGUUUUAAUAUUGAGAAAAAUGAAUGUCUUGAAAUGUAUGAGCAACAAUAAAGC